AGCCAGCCCGGCCCGGCCCGGCCGCCGGGCGCCGUGCUGGGGCGGGGGACGACGGGGCGCCGCCAUGACGUCCAUCCACUUCGUGGUCCACCCGCUGCCCGGCACCGAGGACCAGCUCAAUGACAGGUUACGGGAAGUUUCAGAGAAGUUGAACAAGUACAAUUUAAAUAGCCAUCCCCCUUUGAAUGUGUUGGAACAGGCUACUAUCAAACAGUGUGUGGUGGGACCGAAUCAUGCUGCUUUUCUUCUUGAGGAUGGUAGAGUUUGCAGGAUUGGCUUUUCAGUACAACCAGACAGAUUAGAGUUGGGAAAACCUGAUAACAAUGACGGGUCAAAGCUGAACAGCAACUCGGGGGCAGGGAGGACAUCGAGGCCUGGGAGGACCAGUGACUCCCCGUGGUUUCUGUCCGGCUCGGAAACUCUGGGCAGGCUGGCUGGCAAUACUCUGGGAAGCCGCUGGAGCUCUGGAGUAGGAGGCAGUGGAGGAGGAUCCUCCGGUAGGUCAUCAGCUGGAGCUCGGGAUUCCCGCCGCCAGACACGAGUUAUUCGGACAGGCCGAGACCGAGGCUCUGGGCUCCUGGGCAGUCAGCCGCAGCCCGUCAUCCCUGCAUCUGUCAUCCCUGAGGAGCUCAUUUCUCAGGCCCAAGUUGUUUUACAAGGCAAGUCCAGGAGUGUCAUUAUCCGGGAACUCCAGCGAACAAACCUUGACGUGAACCUUGCUGUCAAUAACCUGCUUAGCCGGGAUGAUGAAGACGGCGAUGAUGGGGACGACACCGCUAGUGAAUCCUACUUGCCCGGAGAGGACCUUAUGUCUCUUUUGGAUGCCGACAUUCAUUCUGCCCACCCUAGUGUCAUUAUUGAUGCUGAUGCCAUGUUCUCUGAGGACAUCAGUUACUUUGGUUACCCUUCUUUUCGGCGCUCAUCACUCUCCAGGCUAGGCUCCUCUCGAGAGAGAGACUCUGAGCUGUUGCGUGAACGUGAGUCUGUUUUACGUUUACGUGAACGAAGGUGGCUUGAUGGAGCCUCAUUUGAUACUGAAAGGGGCUCCACCAGCAAAGAAGGAGAGCCGAACGCUGACAAGAAGAGUGCGCCUGCUCAGAGCCCUGUGUCCCUGGGGGAGGAUCUGCAGUGGUGGCCUGACAAGGAUGGUACAAAAUUCACGUGCAUUGGGGCUCUGUAUUCUGAGCUCCUGGCUGUGAGCAGUAAAGGAGAACUUUAUCAGUGGAAGUGGAGUGAAUUGGAACCGUACAGAAAUGCACAGAAUCCUUCAUUACAUCACCCACGAGCAACAUUUUUGGGACUAACCAAUGAAAAGAUAGUCCUCCUGUCUGCAAAUAGCAUUAGAGCAACUGUAGCUACAGAAAACAACAAGGUUGCUACCUGGGUAGAUGAAACUUUAAGUUCUGUGGCUUCUAAGUUAGAGCACACUGCCCAAACUUACUCAGAACUUCAAGGAGAAAGGAUUGUUUCUUUACACUGCUGUGCCCUUUAUACCUGCGCCCAGCUAGAAAACAAUUUAUACUGGUGGGGUGUUGUUCCUUUUAGUCAAAGGAAAAAAAUGUUAGAGAAAGCAAGAGCCAAAAAUAAAAAGCCCAAGUCUAGUGCUGGCAUCUCUUCCAUGCCAAACAUCACGGUUGGAACCCAGGUCUGCUUAAGAAAUAAUCCCCUCUAUCAUGCCGGAGCAGUUGCCUUUUCCAUUAGUGCAGGAAUUCCUAAAGUUGGUGUCUUAAUGGAGUCUGUGUGGAAUAUGAAUGACAGCUGUAGGUUUCAGCUCCGAUCUCCCGAGAGCUUGAAAAGCAUGGACAAAGCAAGCAAAACAGCUGAAGCUAAGCCUGAAAGUAAGCAGGAGCCAGUGAAAACAGAGAUGGGGCCUCCACCGUCACCUGCAUCCACUUGCAGUGAUGCCUCCUCUAUUGCCAGCAGCGCCUCCAUGCCCUAUAAACGGCGCCGGUCAACCCCUGCCCCCAAAGAGGAGGAGAAGGUGAAUGAAGAGCAGUGGUCUCUUCGGGAAGUCGUGUUUGUGGAAGAUGUCAAGAAUGUCCCCGUUGGCAAGGUGCUGAAAGUGGAUGGUGCUUACGUUGCCGUCAAGUUCCCAGGAACAUCCAGUAACACCAGUUGUCAGAGCAGCUGUGGCUCUGAUGCUGACCCUUCCUCCCUGCUGCAGGAUUGUAGGUUGCUUCGAAUCGAUGAGUUGCAGGUUGUAAAAUCUGGGGGAACGCCUAAAGUUCCCGAUUGCUUCCAAAGGACCCCUAAGAAGCUCUGCAUUCCUGAAAAAACUGAAAUACUAGCAGUGAAUGUGGAUUCCAAAGGUGUGCAUGCUGUCCUGAAGACUGGAAACUGGGUUCGGUACUGUAUCUUUGAUCUUGCUACAGGAAAAGCAGAACAGGAAAAUAAUUUUCCUACAAGCAGCAUUGCUUUCCUUGGUCAGAAUGAACGGAAUGUAGCCAUCUUCACAGCUGGACAGGAGUCUCCUAUUAUUCUUCGAGAUGGGAAUGGUACCAUUUAUCCAAUGGCCAAAGAUUGCAUGGGAGGAAUAAGGGAUCCUGAUUGGCUUGAUCUUCCACCUAUUAGUAGUCUUGGAAUGGGUGUCCACUCUUUAAUUAACCUUCCUGCCAAUUCCACAAUCAAAAAGAAAGCUGCUAUUAUCAUCAUGGCUGUAGAGAAACAAACCUUAAUGCAACAUAUUCUACGCUGUGACUACGAGGCCUGCCGACAGUACCUUAUGAAUCUUGAACAAGCAGUGGUUUUAGAGCAGAAUCUCCAGGUGCUACAGACGUUUAUCAGCCACAGAUGUGAUGGAAAUCGAAAUAUUUUGCAUGCGUGUGUGUCUGUGUGCUUUCCAACCAGCAACAAGGAAACAAAAGAAGAGGAGGAAGCAGAGCGCUCCGAGAGGAACACAUUUGCGGAGCGGCUUUCCGCCGUGGAGGCCAUUGCAAAUGCCAUCUCUGUUGUCUCCAGUAAUGGCCCAGGUAACCGGGCUGGAUCUUCAAGUAGCCGAAGCCUGAGACUACGGGAGAUGAUGAGGCGGUCCUUGAGAGCGGCUGGCUUGGGCAGACAUGAAGCUGGCUCUUCAUCAAGUGACCACCAGGAUCCAGUGUCGCCUCCCAUUGCACCCCCUAGUUGGGUUCCUGACCCUCCUGCAAUGGAUCCUGAUGGUGACAUCGACUUCAUCUUGGCCCCUGCUGUGGGAUCCCUGACCACUGCAGCCACUGGUACCACACAAGGACCCAGCACUUCUACCAUUCCAGGUCCUUCCACAGAGCCCUCAGUAGUUGAGUCCAAGGACCGGAAGGCCAACGCUCAUUUUAUAUUAAAGUUGCUGUGUGACAGUGUGGUUCUGCAGCCUUAUCUCCGCGAGCUCCUUUCCGCCAAGGAUGCAAGAGGGAUGACCCCAUUUAUGUCGGCUGUAAGUGGUCGCGCUUACCCUGCCGCAAUAACCAUCUUAGAAACAGCUCAGAAAAUUGCCAAAGCUGAAGUGUCAUCGAGUGAGAAGGAGGAAGAAGUAUUUAUGGGAAUGGUCUGCCCACCAGGCACCAACCCCGAUGACUCGCCUUUGUAUGUUUUAUGCUGUAAUGACACCUGCAGUUUCACUUGGACUGGGGCAGAGCACAUCAAUCAGGAUAUUUUUGAGUGUCGAACCUGUGGCUUGCUGGAGUCCUUAUGUUGCUGUACCGAAUGUGCCAGGGUUUGUCAUAAAGGCCAUGACUGCAAAUUAAAACGGACUUCGCCUACAGCCUAUUGUGAUUGUUGGGAGAAAUGCAAAUGUAAGACUUUGAUAGCUGGACAGAAAUCUGCUCGUCUGGAUCUGCUGUAUCGUCUGCUCACUGCAACCAACCUGGUCACCCUGCCAAACAGCAGAGGGGAGCACCUCCUGCUAUUUCUGGUACAGACAGUGGCGAGGCAAACAGUAGAGCACUGCCAGUAUAGACCUCCUCGGAUACGGGAGGAUCGCAACCGGAAGACCGCUAAUCCCGAAGAUUCAGAUAUGCCUGAUCAUGACCUGGAGCCACCGAGGUUCGCCCAGCUUGCCUUGGAACGGGUCCUCCAGGACUGGAAUGCUUUGAAAUCCAUGAUCAUGUUCGGCUCGCAGGAGAAUAAGGACCCUCUCAGUGCCAGCAGUAGGAUAGGGCACCUUCUGCCAGAGGAGCAAGUGUACCUGAACCAGCAGAGCGGCACCAUCAGGCUGGACUGCUUCACGCACUGUCUCAUUGUCAAAUGCACAGCAGAUAUUUUGCUCCUAGAUACUCUCCUGGGGACACUUGUCAAAGAGCUGCAGAACAAAUAUACUCCUGGGCGCAGAGAAGAAGCUAUUGCUGUCACCAUGCGGUUUCUGCGCUCUGUGGCCAGAGUCUUUGUCAUUCUCAGUGUGGAAAUGGCUUCGUCCAAAAAGAAAAACAACUUCAUCCCACAGCCCAUUGGGAAAUGCAAGCGCGUGUUCCAGGCCCUGCUCCCCUAUGCUGUGGAAGAGCUGUGCAAUGUGGCCGAGUCACUCAUUGUGCCUGUGCGGAUGGGCAUAGCACGCCCCACGGCGCCCUUCACCUUAGCGAGCACGAGCAUCGACGCCAUGCAGGGCAGUGAGGAGCUCUUUUCUGUGGAGCCUCUGCCGCCGCGCACAUCCUCGGAUCAGUCCAGCAGCUCCAGCCAGUCCCAGUCGUCCUACAUCAUCAGGAAUCCGCAGCAGCGGCGCAUCAGCCAGUCGCAGCCCGUUCGGGGCCGGGAUGAAGAGCAGGAUGACAUAGUUUCAGCAGAUGUGGAAGAGGUCGAGGUGGUGGAGGGUGUUGCUGGAGAGGAGGACCAUCACGACGAGCAGGAGGAGCAUGGAGAAGAAAAUGCUGAGGCAGAGGGACAGCAUGAUGAGCAUGAUGAGGACGGGAGUGACAUGGAGUUGGACUUACUAGCUGCAGCAGAAACAGAAAGUGACAGUGAAAGUAACCAUAGCAACCAAGAUAACGCUAGUGGGCGCAGAAGUGUGGUGACUGCGGCAACUGCAGGCUCGGAAGCAGGUGCUAGCAGUGUGCCUGCCUUCUUCUCUGAGGAUGACUCGCAGUCCAAUGACUCAAGUGACUCCGACAGCAGUAGCAGCCAGAGUGAUGACAUAGAGCAGGAGACCUUCAUGCUGGACGAGCCACUGGAAAGGACAACAAGCAGCUCACAUGCCAGUGGCGCUGCCCAAGCCCCGCGCUCCAUGCAGUGGGCAGUCCGCAGCGCCCAGCACCAGCGGGCUGCCAGCACCGCUCCUUCCAGCACAUCUACGCCGGCAGGCAAUUCAGCGGGGCUGAUUUAUAUUGAUCCUUCAAACUUACGCCGGAGUGGCACCAUAAGCACCAGUGCAGCCGCUGCAGCUGCAGCACUGGAAGCCAGCAAUGCCAGCAGCUAUUUGACCUCUGCAAGCAGUUUGGCGAGGGCCUACAGCAUCGUCAUCCGGCAGAUCUCGGACUUGAUGGGCCUGAUCCCAAAGUAUAACCACCUUGUGUACUCGCAGAUUCCUGCAGCUGUGAAGCUGACGUACCAAGAUGCAGUGAACUUACAGAACUAUGUAGAAGAAAAGCUUAUUCCCACUUGGAACUGGAUGGUCAGUAUUAUGGAUUCUACUGAAGCUCAAUUACGUUAUGGUUCUGCAUUAGCAUCUGCUGGUGAUCCCGGACACCCAAACCAUCCUCUUCAUGCAUCUCAGAAUUCAGCGCGGAGGGAGAGGAUGACUGCACGGGAAGAGGCUAGCUUACGAACUCUGGAAGGGAGACGCCGCGCCACGCUGCUGAGUGCCAGGCAAGGAAUGCUGUCUGCUCGAGGGGACUUCCUCAAUUAUGCUCUGUCUUUAAUGCGUUCACACAAUGAUGAACAUUCAGAUGUUCUUCCGGUGCUGGAUGUGUGCUCCCUGAAGCACGUGGCAUAUGUUUUCCAAGCUCUUAUAUAUUGGAUUAAAGCAAUGAAUCAGCAGACAACAUUGGAUACACCCCAACUGGAACGCAAAAGGACUCGAGAACUCUUGGAACUGGGCAUUGAUAAUGAAGAUUCAGAACAUGAAAAUGAUGAUGACACCAAUCAAAGUGCGACUUUGAAUGAUAAGGAUGAUGAGUCUCUUCCUGCAGAAACUGGCCAAAACCACCCAUUUUUCCGUCGCUCAGACUCCAUGACGUUCCUUGGGUGCAUACCCCCAAAUCCCUUUGAAGUGCCUCUGGCUGAAGCCAUUCCCUUGGCGGACCAGCCUCAUCUGUUGCAGCCAAAUGCUAGGAAGGAGGAUCUUUUUGGCCGGCCAAGUCAGGGUCUUUAUUCUUCAUCUGCCAUUAGUGGGAAGUGCUUAAUGGAGGUCACAGUGGAUAGAAACUGCUUGGAGGUUCUUCCAACUAAAAUGUCUUAUGCUGCUAAUCUGAAAAACGUAAUGAAUAUGCAAACUCGGCAAAAAAAGGAAGGGGAAGAACCAAGUCUGCUGCCUGAAGAAGCAGAGAGUUCAAAGCCAGGGCCUUCUGCUCACGAUCUUGCUGCUCAGCUCAAGAGUAGUUUGCUGGCCGAGAUAGGACUGACAGAGAGCGAAGGGCCACCACUGACAUCCUUCAGGCCCCAGUGUAGUUUCAUGGGAAUGGUUAUUUCCCACGACAUGCUGUUAGGACGCUGGCGCCUUUCCUUAGAACUGUUUGGCAGAGUAUUCAUGGAGGAUGUUGGAGCAGAGCCUGGAUCAAUCCUAACUGAAUUGGGUGGUUUUGAGGUAAAAGAAUCAAAAUUCCGUAGAGAAAUGGAAAAACUGAGAAACCAGCAGUCAAGAGAUUUAUCACUAGAGGUCGAUCGUGAUCGAGACCUUCUUAUUCAGCAGACCAUGAGACAACUUAACAAUCACUUUGGCCGAAGAUGUGCUACCACUCCAAUGGCUGUACACAGAGUAAAAGUCACAUUUAAGGACGAGCCAGGAGAGGGCAGUGGUGUUGCACGAAGUUUUUAUACAGCCAUUGCACAAGCAUUUUUGUCAAAUGAAAAAUUGCCAAAUCUAGAUUGUAUUCAAAAUGCCAACAAGGGCACCCAUACAAGUUUAAUGCAAAGAUUAAGGAACAGGGGAGAGAGGGAUCGGGAAAGGGAGAGAGAGAGGGAAAUGAGGCGGAGUAGUGGCCUGCGAGCAGGUUCUCGGAGAGAUCGGGACAGAGACUUUCGAAGACAGCUUUCCAUCGACACUCGGCCAUUCAGACCUGCCUCUGAGGGGAACCCGAGCGACGAUCCCGAUCCUCUGCCUGCCCACCGACAGGCUCUCGGAGAAAGGCUCUACCCUCGUGUCCAGGCAAUGCAGCCAGCCUUUGCAAGUAAAAUCACGGGCAUGUUGUUGGAGCUAUCUCCGGCCCAACUGCUUCUCCUCCUAGCAAGCGAAGAUUCUCUGCGAGCAAGAGUGGAUGAGGCCAUGGAGCUCAUCAUUGCCCAUGGACGGGAAAAUGGAGCAGAUAGUAUCUUGGAUCUUGGGUUAUUAGAUUCCUCAGAGAAGGUACAGGAAAACCGAAAGCGCCAUGGCUCAAGUCGCAGUGUCGUGGACAUGGAUUUGGAUGAUACGGACGAUGGGGAUGAUAAUGCACCUUUGUUUUACCAACCUGGUAAAAGAGGCUUUUAUACCCCUAGGCCGGGCAAAAACACAGAGGCGAGGCUGAACUGUUUCCGAAACAUUGGCAGGAUUCUUGGACUAUGUCUGUUACAGAAUGAACUGUGUCCUAUCACACUGAAUAGACAUGUGAUUAAAGUGUUGCUUGGUAGAAAAGUCAAUUGGCAUGAUUUUGCCUUUUUUGAUCCUGUGAUGUAUGAGAGUUUGCGGCAACUUAUCCUGGCUUCCCAGAGUUCUGAUGCCGAUGCUGUUUUCUCUGCAAUGGACUUAGCGUUUGCCAUUGAUCUGUGUAAAGAAGAGGGUGGAGGGCAGGUUGAACUUAUUCCUAAUGGCGUCAACAUCCCAGUCACUCCCCAGAAUGUGUACGAGUAUGUUCGGAAAUAUGCAGAGCACAGAAUGCUGGUAGUUGCAGAACAGCCAUUACAUGCAAUGAGGAAGGGUCUACUGGAUGUGCUUCCAAAAAACUCAUUAGAAGACCUGACAGCAGAAGACUUUAGGCUUCUGGUGAACGGCUGUGGUGAAGUUAAUGUGCAGAUGCUGAUCAGUUUCACCUCUUUCAACGAUGAAUCAGGAGAAAAUGCUGAAAAGCUUUUGCAGUUUAAGCGUUGGUUUUGGUCAAUAGUAGAGAAGAUGAGCAUGACGGAACGGCAAGAUCUUGUUUACUUUUGGACAUCAAGCCCAUCAUUACCAGCCAGCGAAGAAGGAUUUCAGCCUAUGCCCUCCAUCACAAUAAGACCGCCAGAUGACCAACAUCUUCCUACUGCAAAUACUUGUAUUUCUCGACUUUACGUCCCACUCUAUUCCUCUAAACAGAUUCUCAAACAGAAAUUGCUACUCGCCAUAAAGACCAAAAAUUUUGGUUUUGUGUAGAGUAUAAAAAGUGUGUAUUGCUGUGUAAUAUUACUAGCUAAUUUUGUAGAUUUUUUUUUUCCAUUUGUCUAUAAAAAAGUUUAUGGAAGUUAAUGCUGUCACACCCCCUGGUGGUACUUCAGAGAUUAAAUGCAAACAUUCCUUUCUGAGUUUGUAGCUUGAAGCCCGAAGGUGUACUGGCAACUAUAAUAAUUUGCUGGUCAACAACUUCUGGGUCUAACCCCAGCCAAAGAUGACAGCAGAACAAUAUAAUUUCACUGUGAUUUAUCUUUUUGCUGAGGGGAAAAUAUGUAAAAUGUUCUGAAAAAUUCACUGAUGCCUUUGUGGAAAAUGUUAAAGCAAAGGUUAUUGUAUAGAGGGAAUAGGGAAUUUCAAAAUAAAAAAUUAAGUAUG